UACGCCGUAUAACAACGCCAGAAAGCUGAAAAUUAGAUAAAUGCUCGUUUCCUAGGUGUAAUUUUCCCUUGGCCAAGGUUAGGGUCUCCAGAAAUAAAUGUUACAUACUCCAGAGUUUGGAGGCAGUGCCAAGUUUUCUCCGUCCGUUGUCUCGGCAGUUCACCGUGAAAAAGCAAGCUCGAUGGUCAACAGUGCCACCUGCCAGUGUGAAAAGUGCCAGUUGAAAUCCAAAAUGGGUGACGAAGAAUACCAAGUUUUUACCAGAAUGGAAGACAUCACGGAGCAAGACGACAAGCAUCUAGCGGGAGCUAGAAAGGAGAUAAGGAACGAAUUGACUGUUAUAAUCCCUGAAAAUCCGUUCCCAGAAAUAGAAGUUGACGCUUACCCUCCUCUAAAAUUCUCCUGGGUUAUACCGAAAAAACUGGCCGCCAUGGCCUUCCCGAGAAACACAGAAAACAUAAAGUAUUUGACCAAUCAAGGUAUAACGCACCUGGUAACACUGACGGCGGGGAAGAAACCCCCGGUGGAAGGGUUCUCGCGGAUACGAUGGACGGAAAUACCGGUGGAGGAGUUCGAGGUGCCCUCACUGGACCAGAUUAAGAAGUUCAUCGACGUUUGCAAAAGGGCUGAUAAAAAUGACGAGGUGAUGGGCGUGCACUGCCGGCAAGGCCGCAGCCGUUCGGGCAUCAUGCUGGCCGCCUACCUCGUGCACUUCCACAGGUUUCUGCCCGACCAGGCGCUCAACACCAUCCGGAUGAUUCGCCCAGGCUCCUGCGACUCCACGGAGCACGAGGAGGCGGUGGGGCAGUACUUCGUGUACCUGACGGAGGACAAUCCGCUCAAGUUCGGCGUGUCGGGCGACGUCAUGGAGGACUUCAUACAAGCCGCUAAAGAAUGCAACAAGAAAAACGUUGAAUAAGUG